GUGAUAACUACUACACCCGCGUGCUGCUGAACCGCACCGACCUGUCACAGCCACCGCUCACUCUCAAGGACUACGAGGUGGCCAAGUCGAUCCUGUUCGAGCGCAUGUCGGCGGUAAUUGUGGUGGAGGACUUUGCACGCUCAGCCUUGCAGCUCGCAUGCAGCCUUGGAUUGGACUUGGACAUGGCCCGGCCUUUGCUCCGCACCCGCGUGCGGCCAUAUGAGCACAAUGAGGUCAUGUUGGAGAUCCCAACAGAGUCCGAGCUGGGCCCUGCGGAUGUGACGGCCUUGCGAAAUCGAUUUGUGGCCAAGAACAGGCUGGAUUACGGCCUCUACAACGAGGCAAAGAGGAUUUCC